AUGGCCAACGACAACUCGGACUUUAAACUCUACCACUACGACCCCUCCCUCGUCGCAGCCGUCAUCUUCGUCAUCUUGUUCGCAGUCGCGUCUUUUCUGCACACGUACCAGCUCAUCCGGACGCGGACCUGGUUCUUCAUCCCCUUCUGCGUCGGCGGGUACUUUGAGGCCAUCGGAUAUGUUGGACGGGCGAUCGGGGCUCAAGAGACCCCGAACUGGAGCGUGGGCGGCUACGUGCUGCAGACGGUCCUGAUCCUCGUCGCUCCGGCGCUCUUCGCGGCCACCAUCUACAUGGAGCUCGGACGGAUCAUCCUGUUGACGGACGGGAGGAAGUACUCGCUCAUGAACCCGCGGUGGCUGACAAAGGUCUUCGUUGCGGGCGAUGUCCUCUCUUUCUUGAUGCAAUCCUCUGGUGGAGGGAUCAUGUCCAGCGGGACCGCGUCGUCCAUGGACACGGGCAAGAACAUCAUCAUCGGCGGCCUGGUCGUGCAGGUCAUCUUCUUCUCCUUCUUCGUCGUCGUGGGCCUGAUAUUCCACGUGCGGAUGCACCGCGCGCCGACGUCCAAGGUCCUCGCCGACGUCGACAUCGCCACCGCUUGGAAACAACACAUCUACACCCUCUACGCCGGCAGCCUGCUCAUCCUGAUUCGAUCCCUCUUCCGCCUCAUCGAGUACGGCCAGGGCAACGACGGCUACCUGAUCUCGCACGAGGUGUUCCUCUACGUCUUCGACGCCGUGCUGAUGCUCACCACGGUGCUUCUCUUCGCCGUGUUCCAUGGGAGCGAGCUCAACGCGCUGUUGAAGCCUGGGAGUGGCAGGGCCGUCAGGAGGGUCCUGUCCAUCUACAACCUCAAAGAUAACAACAGACAGAGCGUCCUCCUGCGAUCUUGA